AUGGUUGCCUCUGCUGUCCGGAUGCGCACUCCCAGCGCUAUGUUUCUCACUAAAGGCGCCUCUUGCCUGAGGAGGCCGCAGACUAUGCACAGAUUUAAGGAUGCUGUCCAACCUCAAUUGCCUGCUUUCUCCGCCCUUUCCCGAUUCUAUGCUUCUAAUUCUUUCCCUCCCCACACCAUCAUCAGCAUGCCUGCUCUGUCGCCAACCAUGUCUGCCGGAAACAUUGGCGCAUGGCAAAAGAAAGCUGGUGAUGCUCUGCAGCCCGGUGAUGUUCUGGUGGAAAUCGAGACCGAUAAGGCACAGAUGGACUUCGAAUUCCAGGAGGAGGGUGUCCUUGCCAAGAUUCUGAAGGAAACCGGUGAGAAGGAUGUUGCUGUCGGCGCUCCUAUCGCUGUUCUCGUUGAGGAAGGUGCCGAUGUCUCGCAGUUCGAGUCCUUCAGCUUGGAGGAUGCUGGUGGUGAAAAGCCCGCCGCACCGGCUCAGGAGAGUAAGGAAGAAUCCAAGAGUGAUGCUACCCCCGCUCCGUCGACGCCAGAGCCCGAGCUUGCGGCCCAGGAGCCGGAUACUUCGGGUGAGAAGCUCCAACCCAGCCUCGACCGUGAGCCCGCCAUCAGCCCUGCCGCCAAGGCACUGGCUCUGGAAAGGGGGGUGCCGGUCAAUGCGCUCAAGGGCACCGGUCGUGGCGGUCAGAUCACUAAGGAGGAUGUCGAAAAGUACAAGCCCAGCGCUUCCGCGGUUGCUGGCCCGACCUACGAGGACGUUCCUCUUACCUCCAUGCGAAAGACCAUUGCCAACCGACUCCAGCAAUCCAUGAAAGAGAACCCCCACUACUUCGUGUCGACCACUUUGUCGGUUAGCAAGCUUCUGAAGCUCCGCCAGGCUCUCAACGCUUCCGCUGAGGGCAAGUACAAGCUCUCGGUCAAUGACUUCCUCGUUAAGGCAUGCGCUGCCGCUCUCUUGAAGGUCCCUGCUGUCAACUCCAGCUGGCACGAAGAGAACGGACAGGUUGUCAUCCGUCAGCACAAGACUGCCGACAUUAGCGUUGCGGUUGCCACUCCCUCCGGACUGAUCACCCCUGUUGUGAAGAACGUGCAGAGCCUUGGUCUGUCCAACAUCUCUAACCAGAUCAAGGAUCUCGGCAAGCGCGCUCGUGAGAACAAGCUCAAGCCUGAGGAGUACCAGGGUGGCACCUUCACCAUCAGCAACAUGGGUAUGAACCCUGCCAUUGAGCGCUUCACCGCUGUUAUCAACCCCCCUCAAGCCGGUAUCCUGGCAGUUGGCACCACCCGUAAGGUCGCCGUCCCCGUCGAGACUGAGGAGGGUACUUCGGUUGAGUGGGACGACCAGAUUAUCGUGACUGGCAGUUUCGACCACAAGGUUGUCGAUGGUGCUGUUGGGGGCGAAUGGAUCAAGGAACUGAAGAAGAUUGUUGAGAACCCCUUGGAGCUUCUUCUGUGA